UGUGACUUGAGCUAUUAUUAGUUGUUUACAUGACAGCUAUUUCAUUGUCCUGACACGGAAAAUAUUCACAUUUUGAUUUUCCACACACGAAGAAGUGUGGCUGUUUGCGAAAUCUCAUAGUGGAUUGAUUGUCAACAUAUAAACAUGCAUCUACGCAUUGGAUGUUUUAUGACUUUUCUAUUACUGUUCGUUUUCAUUGCAUGUAUUUCAUGUAUAAGAUAUGAACCGAAUUGGGAAUCAAUAGACUCAAGGCCUGUACCUGGCUGGUUCGAUGAUUCUAAGAUUGGCAUUCUCAUUCAUUACGGAGUGUUUUCCGUCCCUUCGAUCUUAUCCGAAUGGUUCGUGGAGCAGUGGUUAGGAUGGAAAAGUCCAAUUCUAAUGAAGUUCAUGAAAGAAAAUUAUCGACCCGAUUUCACGUACGCAGACUUUGCACCACAAUUAACGGCAGAGUUUUUCGAUGCCAAAGAAUGGGCGAAUUUGUUGAAACUAUCUGGAGCUAAGUAUGUAGUAUUAACGGCAAAGCAUCAUGAAGGUUUUACCAUGUGGCCUUCCAAUUUUUCCUGGAAUUGGAACAGUAUGGAUGUCGGCCCUAAAAGAGAUAUUGUUGGUGAGCUUGCAGACGCUAUUAGGGAGAAUACAGACCUCCAUUUUGGACUAUACCAUUCUUUAUUUGAGUGGUUCAAUCGACUUUAUUUGGAAGAUAAGGCAAAUGAUUUCAAAACCCAAAAGUUUGUUGCUGCUAAAACAAUGCCAGAACUGUAUGAGAUUGUCAAUAAGUACAAACCGGAAAUCAUAUGGUCAGAUGGUGAUUGGGUUGCUAAUGACACUUACUGGAACUCUACAAACUUUCUUGCUUGGCUCUAUAACGACAGUCCAGUUAAAGACUAUGUUGUCACCAAUGAUAGAUGGGGUUUCAAUGACAAAUGCAAACAUGGAGGAUUUGUUAAUUGCGGAGACAAAUUUAAUCCAAAGGUACUGCAUGCGAGAAAAUGGGAGAACGUGAUGACAAUAGAUAAACAUUCUGCUGGAUACAGAAGGAACUCUAAACUUUCGGAAUAUUUUACUAUGAAUGAGCUUUUGACCCAGGUCGCUCAAACUGUCAGUUGUAAUGGAAAUAUACUGAUUAAUGUCGGAAUAACCAAAGAAGGGACAAUCAGUCCACUGUAUCAGGACUAUUUGUUAAAACUUGGUGCAUGGCUUGAGGUCAACGGUGAAGCUAUUUAUGGUUCUAGACCAUGGUUGUAUCAAAACGACACUGUGAAUGGCGACGUUUGGUACACGUCCAAAGAGAUUGGAUCAGAUGUCUAUGUGUAUGCAAUUAUGGUAUCCUGGCCGAAAUACAACAACACGUUAGUCCUUGGAUCGCCAAUUAAGGCAUCGACUACAACUGUUAUCAACAUGUUAGGUUAUGAUGGCAAUUUCUCCUGGAAACCAAACGAAUAUGGAGGCAUUAACGUUACUAUACCAGCAAUACCUAUUAACAUGUUGCCUAAUAAAGAGGCAUGGGUACUCAGGAUAUCUGGGCUGAUAAAUUAAUUCUAAACCCAAAUUUUUCAAAUGUCAACAGAUUCUUAAAAUUUUUGUACUCCUGUAUAUUGUAAACUCAACUUCUUUUAAAGAUGACAAUUGCUUCAAUGUUUUGUACAGCUUCAGUUUUGUAUUACUUUGAAUUCAUAGUUUAGUUUUUGUUAUUUUGUUUGCAAGUAUAUUAUUCAUCAUGUUGUUUUCUAUGUAGCCUACUAAAAACUUUCUAAUUUGAAUAGAUGUAUGACAAAUGACAAUCAUAACCUGUCUAUUAAUGAAGAUUUACUAUUAUGAUAAAAUUGAGAAUGGAAUAGAAUGAUUAAAUAUUUAAUUUUG